AUGCCAAUUCCCAAAAUAAUAUCAAGACAAACAGCAAAUCAUAAACAUAAUGCAAUCAACAUAAUUUCUCGCUCUCCAAAUGUCUUACCAAUAACUAUUGAUCCUGAUGAUUUUGCAUCAAGUACAAUGCGUGGAAAACAUAUUUUAGUUCUUGGUGCUACAGGAAGAUUAGGAACUCAAGUAGUGAACCAAGCGCUUGAGGCAUCAUAUCAUGUUACAGCUUUGGUUCGUAAUGAUUCUAAUUUACCGUUUGCGAGACAUCAACUUCGUAAUCCUAAUCUGGUAAUAAUGGUAGGAUCAGUUUUGUCAAGGAAAGAUUUGGAUAAGGUGAUCGAAGGUCAAGAUGUGGUGAUCAAUUGCAUUGGGCCUAGACUUUUAUUUCCAUCAUCCGAUAAUAUGGAAAUUUGUUCAUGUUCACAAAAAUUGAUUAUCGAAAGUAUGAUUGAACAUAAAGUUCGUAGAUUGAUAGUUGUAACGUCUCAAAAUGUUAUUGUCAACAUUCCACAAGAAUACAUUCUCCCAGGUGUCAACCGUAUUAUGCUUGAAAGGCAAAACCUAAAUAUUGACCAAUUAUGUCAAAAUGAUUAUGUUAAAACAUUCAUUUACAAAUUGCACAAAGUUGUCAAGAAUGCAGGACUUGAUAUAGGAACAAGCGAAGCUUCUACUGAUACAUUGGUAGCCAAUUUAAUAUUUCGUGUUAUUGACUUUGAUAAAUGGCCCUUGGUGGUUAAAUUACAUCCAACAUUUAAAUUUUCCGUUGGCAAUGCAAUUUUGUCAGCAAAAGCUGAAUUUGUAAUUAAUUAUCAAAACUAUUCUUUAUUGGUUGUUGAGCCAACAUAUGACUAUGGGGAACCCCAAAUAAUUGCUGAAAUUCUUGCUUGUGGGGAUGAAAAUAUAUGUAAAGCUCAUGGGGCUUGUGAUAUGACUAUAUUUGUAGUUCAUGUGGUUUCCACUUAUGUUACAUUUUACUGUGCUACAAUCAAUAAAAGAUAUUGGAAUGAACUUGCUAUAGAUUGCCCACAACAGCAAUCAAUCACAGUUUUAAGAUGGCCAGGGAAUAGUAGUGAUCCAAUUGUUGGUUUUGAUCUUGCAGAACCAAAUGGAAGAAGAGAUGUGUUAGAAGCAUUAUCCAGGAUUCAAAAAACUAACGGAAGUGGUGAUGGUAAUGAUGAUGAGAGUAAUAAAUUGUCCAAUCCUAACCCAAAGAAUGAAUGUAAGGUUGUCCCACUUAGUUCAACAGCUGAGAUUCCUGUGGUUGCAGUCACAGAAACCGUACUUUCCAGAACAUAUUUUUUAGAUGGAAACUUGUUGGAUCUUUGUAUCAUAAAAAAGUUAAAGAUUCAUUUUAUAAUUGAAAAAGGCUUAAAAGAAAGCACUUCUAAGUUAGAUAGAACAGAAGAAGCCCUCUACCUUAGCAUUGAAAAGAAGUUAAAAGAACAAAAAGAAUUAGAAAGAAAAAUAAAGGUGUUAGAAGAAAAAGAUGAAAAUAAAGAAAUUGAAAGAAACCCACAAAAAGAAAUUAGAGAAUUAAAAAAGAAGUUGAAGAAGCAAAUUAAAAAUAUGAUUUUAAUAUGGAAAAGAGUAGAUUUAGCUCAAAGUACAUUUUAUGCUUUACAUCGACCUUUAUUGACAAUUGGUAGUGAAAUGUUGAAUAAUCAAUCAUUGGAAAAACAACAACAAAAAAUAUACGAGGAGGAAGAAGAAGAAGAAUCUCAACAAAUAGCAAACAAAUUUCUAAAUGAUAUUGAAUCAAGAAUUAGAAAACAACAAUUUUCUGAUGAUUUUGAAAAUAUUGUCGAGAAUAACACAAUAUGGUGUCAAGCUUGUAAUGUAGAAUUGAAUCCAUUUGAAAAGAAUUUCUUAUCAUUGGAAAUGCAAAAAUUCUUAAAAACCAUUGUUAGAUGUCUGCAAGUUAAAAAACAUAAAUCACAUCAAAGUUUUAAUAAUCUAACAAUUGAUGUUCCUGGUCUUGUUGGAUUAAAGAAUUUGGGAAAUACCUGCUAUGCAAGUUAUUGUGAAUCCUAUAUACCAAAAUUUCACACUAAUACAAGAUUACAUGAAUAUAAAUUAGCUGAAAGGUUUCACAGGUUUUUUAGAUCAAUGUGGAAUGGUAACAGCACAUUAUAUUCUCCAAGUGAUUUAAUUGACGAGAUAAAAAAUUACAAUGAAGCUUUUCGAGGUUAUGGACAACAGGACUCUCAAGAAUUUCUUCGUUGUGUACUGGAUAUACUUCACGAAGAACUUCCUUACCCACAAAAUACUAUAUCAAAUGAUCAAAUAAAUGAAAAUACAAACAACAACAGCAACCAUAUAGCAAAGUCAUCAAGUUAUGCUAGAAGGUUGCUUGAGAGCAAAAUUAAAUGUUUAAAAUGCAAAAAGGAUUAUUUCAAGGAAGAUCGAUUUUAUGAUUUAUCAAUUCAAAUAAAUAAAAAAUAUAAAUCAAGAAAUAUUGAUAGUGCUUUAUCUAUGGGAUUGUUUGUUGGCACAUUAAAAAAUGCUCUUGGAAUUGGUGGUCAUAAUGCAAGCCUUCAUGAUUGUCUAGCAGAAUUUUGUGCAACUGAAAAUCUUGCAGGCAAAGAUAAAUAUCAAUGUGAACAGUGUAAAUCAUUGAAUGAUUGUCAGAAAACACUUAGGAUUACUCAAUUACCUGAGAUUCUUUGUAUUCAACUGAAAAGAUUUCACUUUGACCCAUAUGUUUCAUCAAAAAUUGCAACACAUGUCCAAUUUCCAAUGGAAAAUUUGGACAUGAGACCAUAUUGUAAGGAAUCAGUAUCAAAGGAAAAUUGUGAUAGUCCAGGUAUUAGUGAAAAACGAGAAUCAUUAAAAGUUACUAAAUAUGAUUUAUAUGCAUUAAUUCAUCAUCGUGGUGGCUUAGCUGGUGGUCACUAUAUUGCUUAUGCCAAAAAUCCCAUUGAUGGAAAUUGGUAUGAAUUUGAUGAUAUGUUUGUCACUAAAAAAUCUGCUGACGAGAUAAUGAAGAUUGAAGCUUAUAUAUUGUUCUAUAGUAAAAAAAAUCCUGAAAAAGAUCAAGAGAGAGUAUUAAUCCAGAAUCUAAUAAGGAAUAAUUCUGAAAUUUCUGAAAAUGGAACACAUUGUUGGGUUUCAAGAUUAUGGUUUAAUAGAUGGCAAUUUAUGAUGACAGUAAGUAUCAAUGUGAAAUUAUAUCCUAAAUUACAUGAUAUGGUAGUAAAAAUACCAAUCAAUGUUUAUUCAAUGCUGGUCGACAAAUAUGGAACUGAUGGUAGUCCACCAUUGCUUAUAUCUGAUGUUGAAUCGGCAGGAUGUUCUAUAUGCCAGCAACAAGAAAGAUUAAUGGAUAAAAGACGUCAAAAGGAAGCUCGUGAUAUUCAACAAUUAGACACAAAUUCAUUACAAAAAAGAGAGUAUUGGUUUCUAAUUAGUUCAGUAUGGCUUCAAAAAUGGCAUAAUUUUAAAGCUGGAGCACCUCCACCAGGUCAUAUUGAUAAUACAACAUUUUUGAAAAAAGAUGGAACACCAAGACCUGGGAUGAAAAUAGGUAUUGAUUAUAGAGGAGUUAAUGAAAGGGUUUGGAGCUAUUUUGAAUACAUAUAUGGUGGUGGUCCUGUAUGUGUUAGAGCUGUCAUUGAUCUUUAUUCAUCACCGUUAGACUUUGGAAACUCGCAAACUAAAUCUAACUAUAACAAUGUUGCAACAAGCCCAAAAAAUUCAAAAUAUUUAUCACACCAAUCACACCAUUCUUCAAAUAAAGUAUAUCAAUCACAUCAACCUUCAAAUCAACCACAUCAAUCAUCUUAUUCAUCACGUUUAAUUCAUUCACCAAAUUCAUCACAUUUAACUCAUUCAUCGCCAAAACCACCAUUAAAUUCAGCUUAUCCAGGAAAUCGUUAUAAAUAUGAUAAUCGACCAAGAUUUUAA